AUGCAUACCCUCACUCCCUCAUCUUUCAACUCUCUUACCUAUCUGAACCGGGUUCAACCCUCUCAAAACCGGGUUGGUCCACCUCGUAGAACCGUGAAAUGCGGAUACAGUUUAGAGUUCUCUAAUUUGACACACGGUUUCGGUGUCGGCUCAAGCCGAGCUGACUUUCAACACUCAUGCGCCAUCUUAGCCAGUAAAGUAAUUUCACAGCAAGAUGACGGAAACCACCAUGUCAGCGCCGUCAACGGUGAGUCUACCGCCGCGACGAAUCUCCAACUCGUUCCUCUCGGAAACAAGCCGCUUCCACCGAAGCCGCUCACCAUCACCGAUCUCUCUCCGGCUCCGAUCCACGGUUCAUCCUUACGCGUCGCGUAUCAAGGUGUUCCCGGCGCCUACUCCGAAGCCGCAGCUGGUAAAGCCUAUCCAAACAGCGAAGCUAUCCCGUGCGACCAGUUCGAGGUCGCGUUCCAAUCCGUUGAACUCUGGAUCGCCGAUCGAGCCGUUCUCCCGGUCGAAAACUCCCUCGGCGGCUCAAUUCACCGAAACUACGACCUCCUUCUCCGUCACCGCCUCCACAUCGUCGGAGAAGUUCAACUUCCCGUUCAUCACUGUAUCCUCGCUCUCCCAGGCGUCCGAAAAGAGUAUCUUACACGCGUGAUUUCGCAUCCACAAGCCUUAUCACAAUGCGAGAACACGCUAACAAAACUCGGUUUCAACUUCGCGCGUGAAGCCGUCGAUGACACCGCCGGUGCUGCGGAGUUUAUCGCUACAAACAACCUCCGUGACACCGCCGCCAUCGCAAGCGCACGUGCAGCGGAGCUUUAUGGAUUAAACAUUCUAGCUGAUGGAAUCCAGGACGACCCGAAUAACGUGACCCGGUUCGUUAUGUUAGCCCGAGAGCCCAUUAUUCCGCGAACCGAUCGUCCUUUUAAAACGAGCAUAGUUUUUGCUCAUGAUAACGGAACUUCAGUGCUUUUUAAAGUGCUUUCGGCUUUUGCGUUCAGAAACAUCAGCUUAACUAAGAUUGAAUCGAGGCCACAUCGUGGCCGUCCAAUUCGAGUUGAGGAUGGUGAAAGUGAAGGAACAGCGAAACACUUUGAGUAUAUUUUUUAUAUUGAUUUUGAUGCUUCUAUGGCUGAAGUUAGAGCACAGAAUGCACUUGCUGAGGUUCAAGAAUUUACCUCUUUCUUGAGAGUUUUGGGGAGUUAUCCAAUGGAUAUGACACCAUGGAGCCCUUCUUCUAGUUCUCAUUGA